CCACCACUCAACAGACAUGGCAUGAAAUGUGACUAGCCUUCGACCACAAAGAACAUCCACAGCGACAGAGGAGGAAUGCAUGAUGCUGACCCCAACCAGGAGGACGCGCCAUUACUGGAGCAAAACGCGGCCUCGCAACAUCCCGAAGGGGCCAUAGAGCUGCAGCCCCUGGCGCAGGGGGAGGAGCAUGACAACGACGACGACAAUCUGUCCGUGUCCGAACUGCUUUCCGAGGACGGAUUGAACACACCACCGAGUGACUCGGCCGGGAAGGAUGAGUUCAUCUGGACGCCGGCGGAAGAGCGGCGAGUGUUGCUCAAGCUUGACACGUCGGUGAUGCCGCUUUUGAUUAUUGCUUUCUUUGCUUUGCAACUUGAUAGAGGGAACAUUGGCAGCGCAGUGACAGACUUCUUCCUUGAGGAUGUUGGAAUUACCCAGAACCAGUUCAAUGUCGGGCAACAACUUCUUGCGCUCGGGAUUGUGCUGUGGGAAAUUCCAAGUAACUUUGUGUUGUAUCGUGUUGGGCCGUCGGUAUGGCUCAGCGGACAGAUUGUCGCUUGGGGCCUCGUUGCCACCUUUCAGGCCUUACAACAUGGGUACCCUGCAUAUCUCUCCACCCGCUUCCUACUUGGUACUUUCGAGUCGGGCUUCAUCCCGGCAAGCCUAUUCACGAUCUCGCGCUUCUACAAACGGGACGAGACGUCGAAGCGCUUUGCGUGGUUCUUUAUUGGCAACCAUCUUGCCACGGCCGUGAGUGGCGUGGUGGCAUAUGGUAUCCUUCAUCUACGAGGCGUACUCGAACUAGCCGGGUGGAAAUGGCUCUUCAUCGUCGAAGGAGUGUUCACUAUCAGCAUCGGAAUACUCUUCAUCAUCUUCUUCCCCCGGAGCGUCCAGACUCCGAGCAGCCUGACAGGAAUUCGCUACUUCAGCGACAAGGAAAUGCGCAUCCUCCUGGAACGAGUGGUGCGAGACGAUCCAAGUAAAGGGAACACACGCCGUUCCAUCUCCAAAGCGGAAAUUUGGAGCACCGCGACGAAUUGGCGCCUCAUUGCACAUGUCGUCGCAACAGUGUGCGGACUUGCACCCGGGUCUGCACUCAUGGCUUAUGGCCCUCGAUUGGUGAUUGCGUGGGGCUAUGGUCGUCUGCAGUCGAACGCGAUGGUUUCCAUUGGCCCUUCGAUCGGCCUGCUAUUAUGCAUCGCGUGGGGCAUGCUCGCCGACCGGUUUAAAAAACGGGGAGCAGUGGCUCUCGCCGGGCUAUUCGUGUGGUGGCUCUUCCUGCUCAUCGGACGAUUACUGGUCUACUCCGACAAUGGACCUGCUCACUUUGCCGCCUUUGCUAUUGCGAUUGCCUUUCAAGGCACAUGGCAUCCCGUCAAUGGAUCGUGGAUGGCUUUGAACGCCCCCACGGCGGGAGAGCGAUCCAUCACCAUGGCAAUUCUCAUUAUGAGUGCGAAUUCCGCGGGGAUUAUUGGGGGACAAUUGUUUCAAUCGGGUGAUGCACCGUUGUAUCCCAUUGGAUGGACGAUGAUCGUGUGCCUUACAUCUGUCGCGUUGUUGGCGAUGAUUGGGGCGAAUGUUCAGUAUUGGGUUCUCAAUCGGCGGUUAGUGAAGAAGGGGUUACCAAAGCGGUAUCAUCCUUGAUGUAGACUUUAUAGAUGUGGACGUAGGGUUCGCAACAUGACUCCAUUUGAAUAGGAGGAAGAUGUGCAGAGGCAAGGAGGUGCACCAGCGUCGUUUCGCCCAAUGCGGCAAUUAAAUGCCGCGAAACGAAGACGCCGACGCACGGGGGAAUUUUGGAGCCAGCGCCAGGAGAAAAAAGGUAUUGGCAGGAGUCACGGGAGCGUUGGGCAGGGA